AUGACAAGAUACGGUCCAGUUCCGAACUUUCCCAUCAAGGACAAAGUUGUCUGUAUCACUGGCGGCGGCAGCGGCAUAGGUUUUGCGCUAGCCAAACUCUGCCACGACAAUGGCGCUCGUGUCCUCAUCGGCGACUUGAAGCUCACUUCCGAAGCAGAAGAGUAUAUCUCCGCUCAGUCUAAUAACGACAAGGCCACGGGUGUCACAUGGACGAAAUGUGAUGUCAAGGAAUGGAAGGACUUGCAUAACCUCAUUUCGAAAUCUUUAGAGGUUUUCGGUGACGUGCCUGACGUUUAUUGCCCAGUAGCAGGUGUCUACGAGCCGCCGUGGAGUAACUUUUGGGAUGAUCGUGAGGAGAAUGGAUACCAGUCUAUCAGGAUCAAUCUUGGCCAUCCGGUGAAGCUGACUAGGUUGGCGAUACGGGCUCUGGCAGGAGCGAAGAAGCAAGGUGUGGUCUGUCUGGUUGCUAGCACAGCUGGAAUUAGAGGAAACUACUUCGCGACAAUAUAUGCUACUACCAAGCACGCUAUCAUGGGCUUUGCGAAGAGUAUGGGCCAAGCUGAUCCGGAAGAAGGCGUGAAAGUGGUAUGUGUCAUGCCUGGAACGGUACAAAGUCCGUUAUGGGAGAACAGGGAGGACGAUAUCGCGAAGGAGACGAAGUACAGUGAGAGGAAAUUGAUGCCGCCAAGUACGAUUGCGGAAGUAAUGCUGCGGAUGAUUCAAGAACAGAGAUAUAGUGGUGGAACGUGUUUGCUGAAGACUAUUGGGGAAGAAAGAGUCGUCGAGCAGGGCUGGGACGCAAAAGAAGGAGAGUAUGAUCCGAGUCCGCGGCCAGAGGCAGAUAUGAGCAGGAUCAAGGCUAUACUGGAGGGCGAAAGAGGGAAGAAGUGGGAGCCGUAG